UAUUUGAUGAAGACAAAUAGCAUCAAAAUUGACUGCUCGGCCCGCGUGGGAACAUCUACUCCUUCCUUUCUCUUUCAACCCCCUCUUUUACUGCCUAAAACUUUCAAACGUAAAGCCCGCCACCAUUACCAUUACACACCUGUCUCCCCAAUUCAAAAUCUCACUUUUCUCCACUGUGCUUUUCCUCGUUUUCUCUCAUCUUUGAAAAAGAGAAAAAAAGUAUAGCUUCCAACCCCAGCUUUUCUUACCUUUUCCUUUUUCUGUUUUCGGUAAUACUACUUGUUACCUUCACACUAGUCAUACAUACACUUGGUGAGUUGACAAUGAAAUUGUUAUCUUCAUCCUCUGUUUCCACCACUUCAAGCAAUGCUAAUUAUACUUCCAAGGUAAGUUGCAUUUCUGGGAUGUUGCGUCGCCUUCUUUGCUCCAACAGUCUUCCAACUCAUCCCUCAGAUCAUAUUAGUCUGUCUACAACGUACCACUACUGUGAUCGUACUAAAGAAGCAGAAGCUGAUGGACUGUCCUUAAAACCGCCUGGGGUUGUGGCAAGGCUGAUGGGGUUAGAAUCGAUGCCGCCUUUUAGCUUGGAUCAUGCAAAGGCAAGCAAUACCAGACCAAUCUCCCGAAGCCGCUCUAUGAAUUCCGUUGAUUUGUUGAGAGAAAUAAAAGGGAGAAAUCCACCAACCUACUUGGAGCUUGAAGAUGAGAAUUUCUUUAUUCUCAGCUUUGAAAGCAGAGAGAUUAUGUCGAAACAGAGGAAAAAUAAUUUUGCAGAAACAAAGCAGAGAAGAAAAGAGAAGCUGAAUAACAAAGUGAUCCUCAUGCACAAGGCUCCUCAGAAGUUUACAGUACUUAAAGAUUCAACCAACGUCCUUAGACCAACAGAUAAAUUUCUUCAGAGUAUAUCUGUUGGGAUGGAAGACUAUGAAGGAGCAAAGAUAACGAGGAAGAAAAAGAAGAAAAAACGUGAAAGCUUUGCUGUAGAAAAAACCCUAACACAAUCUGAUUCAGAGAAAUCAAGCCCAAAUUCAGUUCUUUAUUUUGCUGAGACCCAAAAUUCAGAGAAGUUCUUUAGGUUGACAAGUUCAAGAUCAAGGAGAACACUGACCGAGGAACUUGAAAAUUACAGGAAGCUGAAACUGACUGCAGGUGAUAAUAAUGGAGUAGAAGCCAAGAAAAGUGAAAGAAUUUGUGCUGAAUCAUGGAAGAAGGAGUACAAGCAUUCUGAAAAUUGCGUACAAAUAUGGAGUGGUUUCAGCAUAUUGGCAGACAGAGAGACGGUGGAAAGAAACUGGCUACAGAAAGAGAUUUGCAAUUUUGAAUACUGCAAGGAGAUCGUUGGGGGCAUAGGAUUAAAAAUUCUUGAUCAGUUGUUGGAGGAGCUAGUAGAUCAACUUGUUGAACAACCCUUAUAGUAUUUUGUAUAUGUAAUACAACUUUCUUAAGGUUCUUAAUUUUGGACCUCAACUCCAUAAGCACCUUUUAUCCUUGUGUAAAGAAAACUCUAGUUUUUUUUUUUUUUUGGAUGUGCUAAUAAG